AUGGAAAAAGGACACGCUCUUCCUCCUUUUCAACAUGGAGAAAUUCGUAUUAAAGGUCAGAUUAUGAAAGGGUAUCUGAAAAAUGUUGAAAAAACCCAAGAAAUAAUCGAUUCGGGAGGAUUUCUUCAUAGCGGAGACGUUGGUUAUUAUGACGACGAUGGCUGUUUUUAUAUAACUGGAAGGAUUAAAGACCUUAUUAAAUACAAGUCUUGGCAGGUAGCUCCAGUCCAACUGGAACAAAUUUUAAUGAAAUUCAAAGGCGUUAAGGACGUGGCUGGUGCUGGUAAACCUGAUUCGCGGUUCGGGGAAUUACCAACUGCUGCCGAAAACUAUGUGUAG